AUGUCGAGCCAAAGCCCGCAGCAACAUUGGUACAGCUACAACUACAUCUACGCAGUCAUGCCAUCGCAACUACCCGUGAUACCCGUGAUACCAAUGGAUACCUGGACUAUACCAACCCUCCAACCCCAGCUCCAACCGCAAUUUCAACCCCAAGACCAAAGCACCCACCUCCCACCAAUAUCAACCCUCCUAAACCUCCUCCAAACACAACCCCCACCCCUCGAAGAAGGCACAGCCUUCGAAAGCUGGUACGACAAAAUAAUCCAAAUCCUCCAAAGCCACAACCUCUCAAACCUAGUCUCACCAACAAUACCAAAACCUCCAAUUCCAGACAUAAACAACUGGACAACGCACUCAUCGAACGUUCGAAACUGGCUCUGGGCAGCCCUAACAAACCCCCAAAUCCGCUCCAUCUCCACCUUCUCACCAAACAUCUACACCCUCUACGCCGACGACCUAAUGGCAGCAAUAAGAAUACACGCAAUCGGCAGUGGUCAUUUCCCCUUAUCCCGUGCCAUGACGGAAUUCAUGGAAAUCAAACGGGUCCAAUUCCCCUCUACGGAGAUAUUUGUUCAUGAGCUUCGGCGCCGUUUCAGACGGUAUUCUGAUCUGGGUGGUAUGCCGACGCCGUACUCCGCGUUAGCUAUUUUCUUACGGGAGUUGGGGAAUGGGAAUGUCCCGCCACUUGCGGAUUUUAUUCUUGCGAAGGAAGAGGAGAUUUCCAGACUUGUUGAUCCCGGGGUUAUUGUUACUGUUUGGGACUUUUACGCGGCUUGUGAGGAGGUUAUUGCUUUUGUGGGGGGGGGGGGGGGGGGGUUGAGACGCCUGUUUCUGGUUUUGAUCUUGUUCCUGUUCCUAUCCCUGGGGGAGGGAGAAUGA